GGUCGCGUAACGCGGAGCCCGCGCGAUGCAUGCACGACGAGUCGCACCGCCGCCGUCGCACGAGCGGGUUCUCGACCGGAAAACCGUUUCCACGCGAUUACAACCCACCGUCCGCCGCCGUGCUCGAGGGUUUACGGACGUGCUCGCGAUACCGCCCGUCCUCCCGACAACUACUCGCGGCGCCCCCGGAUACGUAACGUCCCUCGGACCCGGCACGCGCGCACGUCAGCGCAGUGCCGUCCCUUCCCUCCCCGUCACCGCCCGACCGUUCGCGUCGCUUGCGUCGCGUUCCCGAGACAUUUGCAGUGCCGCCGCCGCCGCCAUGUCGUGGUGCGUUUACGCGCUUCUGGUCGCCUGCACGUGCGAGCUCAUCAGCCGGACGACGGCCAAGACUUUUGUCGAAGAUGAGAUGUUUUGGAUGUCGGUGGGCAAGUCAGAGUUAAACGAGGCUCUGAACGUGCAGAUCAACAACAGAGUUGCAAAAAACGUGAUCUUAUUUAUCGGUGAUGGUAUGGGUCCGAAUACGGUGACGGCUACUAGAAUUUACAAACACGGAGAAAGCGGACGGUUGAAUUUUGAAAAAUUCCCGCACAUGGGUCUACUCAAAACAUAUUCAGUCAACAAACAAGUACCGGACGCAGCAAGUUCAGCAACCGCAAUGUUCACAGGUGUAAAAGUUAAUCAAAAAACAAUAGGUCUGGAUGCAAAUCAUAAUCACAACGAAACCACUCACUGCAGAAGCGAUAAUCCCCGGAGGAGAAUAGGACUUGAGUCGUUGGCUACAUGGGCACAAGCAGCUGGAAAGAAUACCGGGUUCGUAACCAACACCAGAAUAACUGACGCCACGCCUGCAGCCCUGUAUGCCCGAACAUCAAACCGGAAAUGGGAAUGCAACGCCGCCAUGCCAGAAAAUGUUAAAGACUGCAAGGAUAUCGCCAGACAGCUGAUUGAGGAAGAGCCUGGUCGAAAUUUUAAGGUGAUUAUGGGCGGUGGCAAGAAGUCUUUCAACGCAAAUAAUUCGUCGGUUACCUCUAAACACUUUCUGGACAAACACUUGUGUGUGAGAACCGACGGUAAGGAUCUAAUAAAAGAAUGGAUCGAAGACAAAACGUCAAAGAAUUUGUCAUAUCAAUACUUGACCAACGAAAAAGAUAUGAAAUCAUUGGACACGGAAAACACAGAAUAUAUUUUAGGAAUUUUUUCAAAUGGAAAAAUGCCAAUGGAAUAUCAUAGAACUUCACACAUGUUAGAUACACCGUCAUUAGAAUUUAUGACUGAAACAGCAUUAAAAGUGUUGUCAAAAAAUGAAAAAGGAUUUUUCUUAAUGGUAGAAGGAGGUUUAAUUGAUUUAGCACAUCAUGAAAGCAAGGCCAGAUUAGCUUUAGAUGAAACUGUGGAAUUUGAUAAGGCAUUGAAUACUUCAAUACAGUUACUGAAACAAUGGAACAUGUUGGAUGAUACAUUACUGAUUGUGACCAGUGACCAUGCUAACUCUUUAUCUAUCAAUGGAUAUCCAAAGCGAGGCAACAAUAUUCUUGAUGUGGCCGGCAAAUCACAAGUAGACGAUGUUAAAUACACAACAUUAACAUAUUCAAUUGGAUUUGCUCCAGAUCCUAUUUACAGACAGUUUGGUACUUAUGUCAUCAGACAAGAUCCAACAAUUUUAAAAACAACAAGUCAUGAAUAUACACAACAAGUUGGCAUUCAGGAAGGAACUGGUGUACAUAGUGGAAGUGACGUGGCAGUAUAUGCUAAAGGACCAAUGGGACACUUGUUUCAUUCCAUUCAUGAACAAAACUAUAUUGCACACGUAAUAGCAUAUGCAACAAAAAUUGGUCCUUAUCAAAACGGAUUGAACAACAAUUCAACUGGAAUUAUGACUUCAAACAUUUACCUAAUAUGCAUAUUAAUUUCAUUUUUUUUUAUUUUUAAUUUAAAAUAAUUAUAAUGUUAAGUAUUUA